GCAAAAGGUUGAUAUGCCCUUCGUGAAUCUCAGCCUUCCUCCAGCCUUCCCCUCUUUCAAAUUCAAGAGAGAUAGCAGACGGCAAAAGGACGGGGGCCAGAUCCCUCUUGAGUCUUUCGCCUUCGUUUCCGAUGACAUGUUAGGAGUCUGCUGCCAGUUUAAGAAGGAGGCAUGCUGCCGUACAAAACCCUUUUGGUAGUCUUUCGCUAUAGUUGUCUUUCAGCAAACGGAGGUGGAUCUACCUUAUCAGGAAAAUCCUCUCGAAUAUUAACGUCCAACAGCUUGGGGGUUUCCUGCAGGAUUGUUUUGCAGCAUUAUGCAGUAGCUUCAAUGGUUGUUUCAGUCUGGUCGUUGGCCCUUCUGGGCAAAUCUCAAGAAGCAGCUUUCUGCAAGGCUUGAAAUUAGUCCUUAUCUGCUGGCUCUACUAUAUUGCCUGCAUGAGCUCUGAAAUUGGUCAGGAGCAACAGCUCCAGACAGGACAUGAAAGUUUCCAAAGCAGAGGAGAAGGGGACGGCGGCGCCGGGAGCCAUUUGAGCGGAGGGGAAGGGCAGGGACCUGCGCCAAACAACGUCAGCAGGGAAGAAACAAUCAAAGGCCCCUGGAGUGCAGCCGAAGACGAUCUCUUGCAUCGACUCGUCGAGCAUUUUGGACCAAGAAACUGGACGCUGAUAGCACGGGGGAUCCAGGGCCGCAGUGGCAAGAGCUGUCGGCUGCGGUGGUGCAACCAACUGAACCCGCAGGUUAAGCGCAAACCGUUCACGGAUGAGGAGGACGCCAAGAUCAUCGCAGCGCAUGCGGAGCACGGCAACAAGUGGGCGACCAUCGCACGUCUGCUUCCGGGCCGGACUGACAACGCCAUCAAGAACCACUGGAACAGCACGCUGUCCCGGCGCUUCCUGGACAUUGACGGACAGAUUGUGGACAUCUUCGGACGCAAGCGGUCGUACAGCGUUGAUGGGGACCUGGACGGGCAAGCUGGGGAUAGCGAGCAUAGCCAGUCGAGUGCACAGGAGCUGUUGGCGGAGAGUGCGAAGCGGGCAAGACUAGACCUGGGGCACUACACCACCGCCCAGCAACCCUUGCCCUCGGCCAGCACUCCGUUCUACCACCCCUCCCUGCACCAGCCCCCCUCCAGCCGACCAGAGACCUCCGAGGCGACGUUCCUGUCCUUAACCCUUCCCCCCCAGUCGCUGAGCCACCCUUCGAGCUCCACCAGCCGGUCCCCUCACUCACGACCAGUUUCAGUCGUCCCCAACCACUGCGGCCGGGGAUGUUGCCGAUCCGGCGUGGACGACCCGGGCCGGGGGGUGCGAGGACCUCUCCUCUCGCAGGAGAUGUUUGAAGAAGGGGAGGGAGACGAUCCGAAGCUUCCGGGCUUGCCAAUCGGCAGUGCGACUGGACCCUUAACUGGUGCGCCCCUUUCCGGCAGUGAUGUAGUGGGGGACCCUAGUGCCGUCUUUAGUUCCGUGAUCAGCACGGCGGUCGCGCAAGCGAUGCGACCGAUGCUGCAAGCGACCGGAGCUGGGGACGGGGACGAGCUUCCGACGGCCGUGACACCCUCGGAACUGCAAUCGAACCCGUUCAUGGCCCUGAUGAGGGACGCGGUCGCAAAAGCGGUGCAGGCGCAAUCGUUGCAGGCAGCAGACACAACGCAGAGAGUGGACAACGGGCCUAGCGGGCAGCUCUCACCUUCGUUGACGCAACAGUUGGUAGGGAGCUUCCUUCAGCAUUCGCAGCAGUGAUUGUGAUGUGUCCCUCCGUCCUGUUGCCACAGAGUCGCCUCAUUCCAAUAGCGAUCUCGCAGGUGGUCAUUUAGAUCCCAAGUGGUCUGUCUCUAGUCGGUCGGUCUGACUCAGCCGUCAAGUUGACAGUGAUCAAGUCCAUCUAUGUCAAUUCCUGAGGAGCAGAAGGUUUUUUCUGGUGUUAAUCUCUUCUCGAAGUUCAUAUUCUGCAGCAAUAACGCGAUAAUACUAUGAUAGACGUCUGCAGGCUGCCUUACUGGUCGGUGCAGCAAAAUUGAUCCUAAGUUGACCGCAAAUCGCCCGAUGGCAAAAACAUCGAUCUGUACCCCUCUGCCAUCCAUGAUCCACCGGAUCAUAUUAGCACCCUAUGUUUAGAACCGUUGCGGUAUGGCCAAAAGUCCCCGGGAAUUACAGUAGUCGGUACGGAUCAAUAGUUGUUGAGCAUGUACAUAAUAAUUG